AAACCCAACAACAGUGUGUUAGAAGAGGACUGCUCCCAAAAUACUGAUAGCCUGACAAGUGCCUGCACACAUCAGCUUCACUGUUGUCCUUUGCCUGGACUCACUGUAAAUGAACCACUUGGCUCUCUCUGGAGGUGAGUUAAGGAACACUCCCUGCUCCAGAUUGCCAGGAGUAGCAAGGAUAGAGGGAUAGAUUUUGUCUCUGCUUUACUGACAAAAACUGAGCCAUGCUUCUCCAUGGUUGCUUGAGUAGAAAGCAGACUUCAUCUUGAAGAAUUGGGGCUACAAAGCAGCGUUGAACGUUGGAAUGGGCAACUUUGCUGAGCUGGGAUCCCUCAAGUUUAUCUGGAAAGAUGAGCUAAAGACAAAUAUUGUAAAUAAGAGAGAGCUUUAAACAUGCACAGCCUGAAGUGCCCUUCUCUAUCAGAGUAUUUCAGAUUGUUUUGGAAUAGGAUUCUAGUUGCAUCCCAUCUCCCAAAUGCAGUGGGAUGAAGCCUCUGGUGCCAGUAAAAUCUUCCUGUAUUCUAAGAAGUCACCCCAGGGUGCUGGAGGCUGAUGGGCAUGGUCAGCCCAGAUUAUUAUUACAUUCUACAUCUCCCCAAAGUGAGUGUGGGUCAUCUUGCUCUGGGUGCUCUUUGUUGGGCUCCUUUCUGAGGGAAAAAAUGGCAGGUAUGGCAUGAAAACAGAUGGAACCAGGGAGUGGAUCAGGAUUUCCAGCUGUGAAGUUAGCACCCCUCCCAUUUUUAAUCCCUUCCAACCCUUCCAUCCCUGCUCCUCUGCCUUUGAAAUAUUUUAUAGGACCACCAGGUCCUGAGGGAGCUUCAGAUCCUAAGAACCUGUGUAGUCACUAGAGCUCCUAAGCACUGCCCAAUAGCUGUAAUUCCUGUAAUGGAGGCAGAAAGAUGAAGCUGUGAAAAGCUUGUUCCCAGGGAGUCAGGAGCAAGUCUGAACCUUUGUGUCACUCUGGGGCAGCAGAGGUGCCAGCAGGGAAGGGCACAAGUGGUGCUGCCUCUUGUUAUAGACAUCUGCCAUGCCUGUGGUGAUGCUGGGUCCAAACAGGCCCAGCUGUAUUGCCAAAAGGAUGACGAUGCUCCCUUCUACUGUAGCAGGCUGGGAAUGUCCUAACAAACACGAGGAGAGGAGCUGCUCUUAAAGGUUAUCCAGCAGUUCGGAGGCUUUGAGGCGGGCGCAGCUCAUGGAGGUGCUGAAGAAGGAGGUGAGGGCCAUGCUGAUCGCUGCCAAGGCGGGCCUGACGCCGGAGCAGCUGGAGGAGCAGUACAUGGCCAUGGUCUGCAAGCCUCUCCCUCUGCACGACCUGGGCUUCCAGUCCACCUUGGAGCUGGUGACACAAAUGCCUGAAGUUGUCCAAAUCUGCUCUUCCAAGAAUGGCGCUGUAAUCCUCAAAGCCAUUGCAGAUGACUCCACCAAAGGGAUUGCCAAGCUGGUUGCCAACCAGAAAGUAAAGACGCGUAAGGCAUCGAAGAAAACCGCUGCGAAGGCAAAUGCUACUUUUUUCACUAAGAACUCGAAGAACCCACAGAGUUUCCAGGCUCUGAGUGCUGGGACUCCUGUCCUGCCAGCAGGGGUGAAGGCUGAGCUGCAGGACCUGCUGAGCUCCUCACCGCUUCUGCUGGCAGACCUGGACAAGGCCUUCCUCAGGCGCUUUGGCCGCGCGUUCCAGUACCGGCAGUACGGCUUUUUGUCCAUGUUUGAGGUCCUCAGGAGCAUGUCUGAUUCCAUUGUCGUUGAGCAAACAAAGGCAGGUUCCUUGCUGGUCCUCAGGAAGUACCUGGCAAGCAAGAUAGAACAGCAAGAGGUGCCUCAAGGUGAGGCUGAGGAAGAAGAGAUGCCUCAGAGUGAAGCUGAGGAGGAGGAGGAGGAGCCUCAAGGUGAGGCUCAGGAAGAGAAGGUGCCUCAAAGUGAAGUUCAGGAAGAAGAGAUGCUGCAAGGUGAGGCUCAGGAAGAAGAGAUGCUGCAAGCAGCAUCUGCAGCUGAGAUGCCUUCUUUGGAACCCACCUGUGAAACAAACAGCUUCUGCCAGGCAGCAGCUCUGAUGGAUUCAGAGGCAGUGCAAACACAAGCAGUAGAUUUGGGUGAUCACCUCAAGCAGCAUCAAGGUUUUGAGCAGUUUCCACCGACUCCAGAAAUCCCUCCAGACGCUGUUCAGGACAGAAGCCUUUGCAGUUUGCCCCCUCUGAAGAGAAGGUGCUUGGUGGGAGUCAUUGUGGAAUUCGUCGUCUCUCCUAGCCAGUUCUACAUCCACGUCUGCAGCACGGAAGCAUCCUAUAAACUGCAGGAUCUGAUGUUUGAGAUGAGACACGUUUACUCACAUAAAGUUGCUUCUGAUAAAUACAUCAUGCCUGAGUCUGCAGUGCGGCCCGGGCAGCUCUGCUGUGUCAUGGUCUCCAAGUGGUGGUACCGUGUGAUCAUCCACCGUGUGAUCAAUGACCAGGAGGUAGAGGUCUUCUAUGCAGACUAUGGACACCUCCAGAUUGUCCAGAAGUCUUGGCUGAGAUUCCUCAAGUGGCACUACUUGAAGCUCCCUGCUCAGGCCAUCCCAUGUUCCUUAGCAUGGGUAAAACCCGUGGAGGGUGCGUGGUCCAGCGCAGCAAUUCUCCUGUUCAAGCAUCUCUGUCGCUUCAAGGAGCUUGUGGGCAUCGUGGAUGAAUACGUGGAUGGAGUUCUGUACCUCUUCCUGUGUGACACAUCCACCAAGGAGGAUGUCUACUUCCACUCUGUCCUGAGGGAUAUGGGAUAUGCUGAUGUCUGUGGGGAGAACAUCCCUUCCCAGGAAUUUGAGGAACUGAAUCCUUCAGCCUUGUAUGUUCAGCCCAGUGGGAAGCAGGGGAAUGCUGAAGUGGUGGAACCAGACCUUCACUUGCAGCAGGAAUCUCGGGAUGCAGACAGUGAAACAGCAACCUUGAAGCUGAAUGGGGCUGAGCUGUGACCAGAUGAAGAAAACAUGAAGACCAACACCUUCCCAGCAGUCUCAUGGUUGGCCUCUGCCAUGCUCUGGGCUCUGUGACCCUGGGCCACCUCAGGAACUGUGUGUCCCUCCUGCCCUGCUCUCUGCAGUGUUGGCAGCUGCAUGACUGGCCACUUCCCAUGCCUGCUUCCAGUGGCUGCCCAGCCUGAGAAGGAAAGUGAGAUAGGAGGGGAGAAGCUGGAGCUGCUGCCAAGGAAGGCUGUCUGGAGCAGCACAGACUCUCUGUAUAGACCCUGUUAUUGGGGUUUUUUUGUUCAGAAAUGUUUAAUCCCUUGAAAAAGCCUGGAGUGUGAUAUCUCAGGUGUGCCCAGCAUGGGUGAUAAAUGUUGGUUUUGCUUUCAGGAGAGUAGUUUGGUUUUGUUGUACCGGUGGUGUACUGAGUUACUGCUCUUUAAUAUAAUGGUUCAGGAGAACAUCCAAGUGUCACAUUGUGUUAUGUAUCCUUUAAGUUUAAGAGAGGGAAAUUGGCUGCCCAGCCCUCCUUCCUUCAGUGCAUGAGCUGUUUGGACAUUGUGUGGGGAUGUGAUUUGAUUUUUAAUAUAGUGGCUGCUCUACACUCUCCUUGCUCUGAGGAAAGUUGAAGAAACCUCCCUCCCCAAAAAGAAGAUGCUGUGAUUUGUUGGAUGUCAUGUGUACAAAGUGUCAGGAAUCUCAUCUUAAAGAUAUGGAAUAAAAUCUGUAAGGA